AUGGUUCGUUACGCUGCCAAAGCAUCCAACCCAGCUAAGUCAGCUUCGGCUCGUGGAUCAUACUUGAGAGUUUCAUUCAAGAACACCAGAGAAACCGUACAAGCCAUCAAUGGUUGGAAAUUGACCAAGGCUCAAAAAUACUUGGACCAAGUCUUGGACCACGAAAGAGCAAUCCCAUUCAGAAGAUUCAACCACUCUAUUGGAAGAACCGCUCAAGGUAAAGAGUUUGGUGUUACAAAGGCUAGAUGGCCAGCUAAGUCCGUCAACUUUGUUAAGGACCUUUUGAGAAACGCUCAAUCCAACGCUGAAGCCAAGGGUUUGGACGUUGAGAAAUUGACCAUCUCACACAUUCAAGUUAACCAAGCACCAAAGCAAAGAAGAAGAACAUACAGAGCUCACGGUAGAAUCAACGCUUACCAAUCAAGUCCAUCCCACAUUGAGUUGACCUUGACUGAAGAAGAUGAAGUUGUUGAAAAGGCCACCGACAAGAAGGUUGGUAGAUUGAACGCUAGACAGCGUGGAAGAUUAGCUUCCCAAAAGCGUUUGACCGCUGCUUAA